UUGCUUUUUCUUUUUUUAAUAUCGUAGUGUUCUAAGAGCAGAAGUAUCUGGGUGGAUGAAAUUCAGCAUCAAGAAAAGUCCCCUUUCUGUUGAGAGCGUUGUAAAGUGCAUAAAGAUGAAGCAGGCUCCAGAAGUCCUUGGCAGUACGAACGGAAAGACUCAAAGCUGCGAUGUGAAUCGCGAAUGUUCUGUGUUUCUCAGCAAAGCCCAGCUUUCUAGUAGUCUCCAGGAGGGGGUCAUGCAAAAGUUUAAUGGCCAUGAUGCACUUCCCUUCAUUCCAGCAGAGAAGUUGAAGGAUCUUACUUCCCGUGUGUUUAAUGGAGAGCCAGGUGCUCAUGAUGCCAAACUGCGUUUUGAGUCCCCAGAGAUGAAAGGCAUUGGGACACCACCUAACACUACCCCUAUCAAAAAUGGCUCUCCAGAAAUUAAACUGAAAAUCACCAAAACAUACAUGAAUGGGAAACCUCUUUUUGAAUCUUCCAUUUGUGGUGACAGUGCUGCUGAUGUGUCUCAGUCGGAAGAAAAUGGACAAAAACUAGAAAACAAGGCAAGAAGGAACAGGAAGAGGAGCAUAAAAUAUGACUCCUUACUGGAGCAGGGCCUUGUCGAAGCAGCUCUAGUGUCUAAGAUCUCAAGUCCUUCAGAUAAAAAGAUUUCAGCUAAGAAAGAGUCCUGUCCAAACACUGGCAGAGAGAAAGACCACCUGUUGAAAUAUAACGUCGGUGACUUGGUGUGGUCCAAAGUGUCAGGUUACCCUUGGUGGCCCUGCAUGGUUUCUGCAGAUCCACUUCUUCACAGCUAUACCAAACUGAAAGGUCAGAAAAAGAGUGCACGCCAGUAUCACGUACAGUUCUUUGGUGAUGCCCCAGAAAGAGCUUGGAUAUUUGAGAAGAGCCUUGUAGCUUUUGAAGGAGAAGGACAGUUUGAAAAAUUAUGCCAGGAAAGUGCCAAGCAGGCACCCACGAAAGCUGAGAAAAUUAAGCUGUUGAAACCUAUUUCAGGGAAAUUAAGGGCUCAGUGGGAAAUGGGCAUUGUUCAAGCAGAAGAAGCUGCAAGCAUGUCAGUGGAGGAGCGGAAAGCCAAGUUCACCUUUGUCUACGUGGGGGACCAGCUACAUCUCAACCCUCGCGUAGCCAAAGAGGCUGGCAUUGCUGUGGAGUCUUCAGGAGAAAUAGCAGAGUCCUCAGGAUUCAGUGAAGAAGCUGCUGAAAACCCAAAGUUCAUGAAAGAAGAGGGCAUUCCUACGAAGAGAAGGCGGAGAGCCAAACUAUUUAGCUCUACUGAGAACCAAGAGAGUGAUCCUGGCACAGAGAAGAGUACUCCUCAAAAGAUGGCAGAGGCUGACCCCAGAAGAGGAGUAGGAUCUCCUCCUGGGAGGAAGAAGGCUGCAACUUCCGCACCACGAAGCAGAAAGGGAGAUGCAGCAUCCCAGUUUUUGGUCUUCUGUCAAAAGCACAGGGAUGAGGUGGUGGCUGAGCACCCAGAUGCCUCAGGUGAGGAGAUCGAAGAACUGCUUGGAUCCCAGUGGAACAUGCUCAACGAGAAGCAGAAAGCACGCUAUCACACAAAGUUUGCCCUGGUGACCUCUGCCCAGUCUGAAGAAGACUCUGGUAACUUAAAUGGGAAAAAAAGAAACCACACAAAGAGGACACAGGACCCCACAGAAGAUGUUGAAGCUGAGGACGCACCCCGGAAAAGACUCAGGACGGACAAGCACAGUCUUCGGAAGAGAGACACAAUCACUGACAAAACGGCCAGAACAAGCUCUUACAAGACUAUAGAGGCAGCCUCUUCGCUCAAGAGCCAGGCAGCAACGAAAAAUCUGUCUGAUGCAUGCAAACCACUGAAGAAGCGAAAUCGGGCUUCCACGGCAGCAUCUUCAGCUCUUGGGUUUAGCAAAAGUUCAUCUCCUUCUGCAUCCUUAACUGAGAAUGAGGUCUCAGACAGCCCAGGAGAUGAGCCCUCGGAGUCCCCGUAUGAAAGUGCAGAUGAAACACAGACCGAAGUAUCCAUCUCAUCUAAAAAGUCUGAACGAGGAGUGGCUGCCAAAAAGGAGUACGUGUGUCAGCUGUGUGAGAAGACAGGCAGCCUCUUGCUGUGUGAAGGCCCCUGCUGUGGUGCUUUCCACCUCGCCUGCCUUGGGCUUUCCCGGAGACCAGAAGGGAGGUUCACCUGCAGUGAGUGUGCCUCAGGGAUUCACUCAUGUUUCGUGUGCAAGGAGAGCAAGAUGGAUGUUAAGCGCUGUGUGGUAACUCAGUGUGGAAAGUUUUACCACGAAGCUUGUGUGAAGAAGUACCCUCUGACUGUAUUUGAGAGCCGAGGCUUUCGCUGCCCCCUCCACAGCUGUGUGAGCUGCCAUGCCUCAAACCCUUCAAACCCAAGGCCAUCGAAAGGUAAAAUGAUGCGGUGCGUCCGCUGUCCCGUUGCCUACCAUGGAGGAGAUGCUUGUCUGGCAGCAGGAUGCUCAGUGAUCGCUUCCAACAGCAUCAUCUGCACAAGCCAUUUCACUGCUCGGAAGGGAAAGCGGCACCAUGCCCAUGUCAAUGUGAGCUGGUGCUUUGUGUGCUCCAAAGGGGGCAGCCUUCUGUGCUGCGAGUCCUGCCCAGCAGCCUUCCAUCCUGAUUGCUUGAACAUUGAGAUGCCCGAUGGCAGCUGGUUCUGCAACGACUGCAGGGCCGGGAAGAAGCUGCACUUCCAAGAUAUCAUUUGGGUCAAACUCGGGAACUACAGAUGGUGGCCAGCAGAAGUUUGCCAUCCCAAAAAUGUUCCCCCAAAUAUUCAGAAAAUGAAGCACGAGAUUGGAGAAUUCCCUGUGUUUUUCUUUGGGUCUAAAGAUUAUUACUGGACACAUCAGGCACGAGUGUUCCCGUACAUGGAGGGGGACCGGGGCAGCCGCUACCAGGGGGUCAGAGGGAUCGGAAGAGUCUUCAAAAACGCGCUUCAAGAAGCUGAAGCUCGUUUUCGUGAAAUUAAGCUUCAAAGGGAAGCCCGAGAAACACAGGAGAGUGAGCGCAAGCCCCCACCGUACAAGCACAUCAAGGUGAAUAAGCCUUAUGGGAAAGUCCAGAUUUAUACGGCUGACAUCUCUGAAAUCCCGAAGUGCAACUGUAAGCCCACAGACGAGAACCCCUGCGGCUUUGACUCGGAGUGUCUGAACAGGAUGCUGAUGUUCGAGUGCCACCCACAAGUGUGUCCUGCGGGCGAGUACUGUCAGAACCAGUGCUUUACCAAGCGCCAGUACCCAGAGACCAAGAUUAUCAAGACGGACGGAAAAGGAUGGGGCCUGGUUGCCAAGAGGGACAUCAGAAAGGGAGAGUUUGUUAAUGAGUAUGUUGGGGAGCUGAUUGAUGAAGAGGAGUGCAUGGCAAGAAUCAAGUAUGCGCACGAGAACGAUAUCACCCACUUUUACAUGCUCACAAUAGACAAGGAUCGUAUCAUUGAUGCUGGCCCCAAAGGAAACUAUUCUCGAUUCAUGAAUCACAGCUGCCAGCCUAACUGUGAGACCCUCAAGUGGACAGUGAAUGGGGACACUCGUGUGGGCCUGUUUGCUGUGUGUGACAUUCCCGCAGGGACAGAACUGACCUUUAAUUACAACCUCGAUUGUUUGGGCAAUGAAAAAACAGUCUGUCGGUGUGGAGCGCCUAACUGCAGCGGAUUCCUUGGGGAUAGACCAAAGACCUCAACGUCCCUUUCUUCGGAGGAAAAGGGCAAAAAGGCCAAGAAGAAAACCAGGCGGCGCAGAGCCAAAGGGGAAGGGAAGAGGCAGUCGGAGGACGAGUGCUUCCGCUGCGGCGACGGCGGGCAGCUGGUGCUGUGUGACCGCAAGUUCUGCACCAAGGCCUACCACCUCUGCCUGGGCCUGGGCAAGCGGCCCUUCGGGAAGUGGGAGUGUCCUUGGCAUCACUGUGACGUGUGUGGCAAACCUUCCACUUCGUUUUGUCACCUGUGCCCCAACUCGUUCUGUAAGGAGCAUCAGGACGGGACAGCCUUCCGCUGCACCCAGGACGGGCAGUCCUACUGCUGUGAGCAUGACUUGGGGCCAGCGUCGGUCAGAAGUGCCAAGACUGAGACGCCCUUCCCCGAGCCCGGGAAGGCAAAGGGGAAGAGGCGGAAGAGGCGGUGCUGGCGGAGAGUCACGGAAGGCAAAUAG